AUGGGCGUUCAAGAUGACGAGAAAACCAUCGGUUCCGCCGCAGAACGCGCCGCCCGAUUCCGGCAGUACGAAUACAAAGCGAACGCGUCCUUGGUCCUCCAAGCGGAUAAAACGGAAAGACGCAUGCACGAACCGAGCGGGAUGCCGGAAAGUUUAUGGGGACGGAUCGAUGCGAAAGCGUUCGGGGAUCGCGUUAAAACAACCAACGACGACAAGAUUCAUGCGAAGAAAAAGAAGACCAAAAAUGCGAUCGAUUUGAAGCAUUCGCAAGAUUCGGACGCAUUCGCGACGAACGCUACUCACAAGAAGAGAAAGAAAACAGGUCACAAAAAAGACGUCCUCUCUUCCGAGAUGAACUUUAACAGCGGGUAUAAACCCAAGACGAGAGAAACGCGAGCGGCGUACGAAGUUUUGUUGAAAUCGAUGACGGAACAAUUCGGCGAGCAACCGUCGGACGUGUUGAGAGGCGCGGCGGAGGAGGUGUUGGAGACGUUGAAGGAUACUUCCGUGAACGAGAAGAAACGGAAGGAAGAGGUGGAGAGUUUGGUUGGGGAGUUAUCGGAGGAGAAGUUUGCCAAGUUAGUCGCGGUGGGGAAGAUGAUUACGGAUUUUACGCCCGCCGGCCAGGGGGAGGAGGGGAAUCCAGAGUACGAAAACGGCGAGAACGAAGAGAUGGACGACGACGUUGGCGUUGCGGUGGAGUUUGAAGAGAGCGACGAGGACGAUUCGGACGACGACGACGACGGAGACGGUGGAAACAGAGCGGAAUUGAGAGAGUUGAGGUCGGAGUCGGAGGAAGAAGAUUCGGAUGACGACGACGAUAAAGACGAGGAGGAAGAGGAUUCGGACGCUUCCGACGACUCUCUCGGUGAACCGAAAAAAAGACACAAGAAACAACACGUGAUAGUUCGUCCGUCGGAAAUUGACGCCUAUUAUUUGCAGCGUUUAAUUUCCAACGCUUUCUCUGGUUCGUCAACCGCGACCACCGAAGAGGAGAAAGAAAACGAUCAGACGAAAAUGUCCGAAAUCGCCGAGAAGGCUUUGCAAGCGCUGGAGGCGCCGGACGACCGAUCGCGAGAAAAUGAACUCGUUCGACUUCUCGAGUACGACAAAUUCGAUUUGGUGAAAACGUUGAUGCAAAACAGAGACGUCAUCUUGUGGUGCACGAAACUCUCGAGAGCGCAAUCGGAAACGGAGAAGCAAGACAUUGAAAAUUUAAUGAGCAACGAUUCCAACGGCGCGUUGAUCUUGUCCGAAAUGAAAGCGACGAGGGCGUCCGCGCGAGAGCGACAGGAAAAUGUCGAGAACAAAAUCCGAGAAGAAGCGAAAAAGUUACGAUUAGACGCGCAAAAGAGAAGAGAAAAAGAGCUCGGCGCGAGCGCGCACCGAAAAGUCUUAGAACUGGACGCGUUGGCGUUUCAUCAAGGCAGUCGCUUGAUGGCCAACGCGAAGUGCGAACUCCCAGAAGGCUCGUUUCGAACGCAAAAGAAAGGAUACGAGGAAGUGCACGUGCCGGCGAUGAAAGCGCCGCCGUUUGCGGAGAACGAAAAGCUACGACCAAUCGAGGAAAUUCCCGAAUGGGCCAGGCCGGCGUUUAAAGGCAUGAAAAGUUUGAACAGAGUCCAAUCGAGAGUGUACGAGACGGCGUUGUUGUCGCCAGAAAACAUGUUACUCUGCGCGCCAACUGGGGCGGGAAAAACGAACGUUGCGGUGCUCACCAUAUGCCAUGAAAUAGGAAAACACCUCGAUCCAGACACCGGCGAGAUUGAUUUGACCAAGUUUAAAAUAGUAUACGUCGCUCCGAUGAAAGCGUUGGUCGCGGAAGUAGUCGGUAACUUGAGCGAACGGUUGAAAGAUUUCGGAGUAAACGUCCGCGAAUUGACCGGGGACGUUUCCAUGUCCAAAGCAGAAAUUGAAGACACGCAGAUCAUCGUCAGUACUCCUGAAAAAUGGGACAUCAUAACGCGAAAGUCUGGCGACCGCGCGUACACGCAAUCCGUGUCGUUGUUGAUUGUCGACGAAGUUCACUUGUUGCACGACGGUCGCGGUCCAGUCUUGGAAUCCAUCAUCGCGCGUACGAUCCGACAAGUCGAAGAGACUCGCAAACACGUCCGAUUCGUUGGUUUAUCUGCCACGCUACCGAACUACGACGACGUCGCCGCGUUCGCUCGUGUCGACCACGGAAAAGGGUUGUUCGUCUUUGAUAACUCAUACAGACCGUGCCCGUUGCAAUCGCAAUUCAUCGGCAUCACGGUGAAGAAACCGUUGCAACGCUUUCAGUUGAUGAACGAAGUGUGCUACGAAAAAGUCGACGAACAAGCUGGUCAAACGCAAGUGAUGGUGUUCGUGCACUCGAGAAAAGAAACGUACAAAACGGCGAAAGCUUUGCGCGACAUGGCCAUAGAAAACGAAACAAUCGGGAAGUACGUCGGGAGCGAUACUGCCACGGCGGAAAUUUUACGACAAGAAUCCGAAAACGUCAAAUCGAAUGAUUUGAAAGAGUUAUUAAGAUACGGCUUCGCCAUUCACCACGCGGGGAUGGUUCGCGCCGAUAGAACGUUAGUUGAAGAGUUGUUUGCGGAUGGGCACAUUCAAGUGCUCGUGUCAACGGCAACCUUAGCAUGGGGCGUGAACUUGCCCGCGCACACGGUCAUAAUCAAAGGGACGCAAGUGUACAACCCCGAAAAAGGCGGUUGGGACGAACUGUCAUUCCAAGACGUCAUGCAAAUGAUGGGCAGAGCUGGUCGUCCUCAAUUCGAUACGUUCGGGGAAGGGAUCAUCAUCACCCAACACACAGAACUGCAAUACUAUUUAUCUUUAUUCAAUCAACAGUUACCGAUUGAAAGUCAAUUCGUGGCCAAACUAGCAGAUUCGCUCAACGCGGAGAUUGUUUUAGGUUCCAUAGCUUCCGUAGACGAUGCCGUCAAAUGGCUCGGGUAUACUUACUUAUUCGUGAGAAUGUUGAGAAACCCAGUCUUGUACGGCGUGCCGCGAUCUGCCGUGGAAGACGAUCCGACGUUAUCGAGCCGAAGAGCGGAUUUAGUACACUCGGCGGCGUUGUCGCUCGACAAAGCCGGUUUGAUUCGAUACGAUAAAAGAGGCGGAGGUUUACAAGCCACGGAUUUAGGUCGAAUCGCCAGUCAGUAUUACGUCUCUCAUGGGACGGUGAAAGCGUUCCACGAACACUUGAAACCGCAAAUGGGUGACAUUGAACUGUGCCGUUUGUUCUCGUUAGCGGAGGAAUUCAAAUUCGUCACCGUGCGUCAAGAGGAAAAAAUCGAACUGGCGACGUUAGCGGAAAGAGUGCCAAUCCCGGUGAAGGAAUCCAUAGAAGAAUCGACGGCGAAGAUAAACAUCUUACUCCAAGCGUACAUUUCGAACAUGAGUUUAGAAGGUUUCUCGUUAUCGGCGGAUAUGGUGUACAUCACCCAAUCCGCGGGAAGAUUGUUGCGAUGUAUCUUUGAAAUCGUCUUGAAACGAGGAUGGGCGCAACUCUGUGAAAAAUCGCUCAACUUGUGCAAAAUGGCUGGAAAGAAAACGUGGUCCUCGCAAACGCCUUUGAGACAGUUCAAAGCCAUCCCGAACGACAUCUUGAUGAAAAUCGAACGCAAAGACGUCAGUUGGGAGCAGUAUUUUGAAUUGACUUCGCAAGAAAUCGGCGAGUUGAUUCGAUUUCCGAAAAUGGGUAAAGCGAUACAUAAGUUUGUCCACCAGUUCCCUCGAAUGGAUAUUCAGGCGCACGUGCAGCCAAUCACGCGUUCGACGUUGAAAGUGGACGUCGUUUUGACCCCAGAUUUCGUUUGGGAUCAACGGUUUCACUCGUUCGCGCAAGGCUUUUGGAUCAUGGUCGAAGACAACGACGGCGAGAAGAUUUUGCACUCGGAAUAUUUCACGUUGAAGUACCAAAACAAAGACGAGGAACAUUCGGUGAGUUUUACGGUGCCGUUGUUAGAUCCAAUUCCUCCUCAAUAUUUUAUUCGGGUCACCUCGGACGCGUGGUUAGGCGGAGAUACCGUCAUUCCAGUCUCGUUUAAGCACUUGUUGUUGCCGGAAAAGUUCGCCGCGCCGACAGAGUUGUUGGAUUUACAACCGAUUCCAAUUCGAGAGGCGAAGUUUGGGUUUGCAAAGAUGUAUUCAAAACUUCCCCAAGGCGACGGUUUCAAGUUGAUGAAUCCGAUUCAAACGCAAACGUAUCAAGCGUUGACGGAUUCUGACGAGAGCGUAUACGUGUCCGCUCCCGCCGGCUCGGGCAAAUCCAUCUGCGCGGAGUUGGCCAUCUUGCGCGCGGUGGAAACGCACGGCGUGGAAAACGCGAGAUGCGUUUACUGUGCUCCCAUCGAUGACAUCGCUGAAGCGCGAUACGCGGAUUGGAAAGUAAAAUUCGAAGACACCAUGGGCAUUCCGACGUGCAUAUUAACCGGCGACGUGGCGACGGAUUUGAAGUUGCUCGAACGCUCUCGAGUCAUCGUCUCGAGCGCUAAGAAUUGGGACAUUUUAUCGAGAAGAUGGAAACAACGCAAGAACGUGCAAAAAGUGAAAUUGUUCAUCGCGGACGCGCUUCAUUUAAUCGGUGGCGCGCACGGGGCCACGAUUGAAGUCGCCUGCUCGAGAAUGCGAUACGUAUCCGUUCAAAAGCAACGCGAAGAAGAAGAAGAUGAAGAAGAAGAAGGAACGAAAAAAGAUGGAAAAAAAUCGGCGCCGCCGAUUCGCAUUCUCGGUUUAUCCGCCUCCGUCGCGAAUGCGAAAGAUUUAGCCGAAUGGCUCGGAGUAAACUCCAAAAGGCAGUUUAAUUUCGCCCCGUCCGCGCGUCCAACGCCUUUGCGCUUGUUCGUCCGCGGAUUCGACGUCGUCAAUUACGAAUCUCGCGUCCAAGCGAUGUCGCGACCGACGUACAGAGCGAUCAAGACGCACUGCGAGAAGAAAGAACCGGCGAUUGUUUUUGCGCCGACGAGGAAACACGCGAAACAACGCGCGUUGGAAUUACUCUCCUACGCUCUCAACGACAACGACGAAGGGUACUUUCGAAACGUCUCUUCGGAAGACGAAAACGUCUUAGAACAACUCUCCGAGAAGAUAGAAUCCGACGCCGGCGUGAAACACGCGAUGACUUUUGGCAUCGCCGUCAUUCACGAAGGGUUGUCGAAAGUCGAAAAAGAAGCGUUGUUCUUGGCGUUUGAGUGUAACGCGUGUUCGCUGAUGAUUUGCGAAGCCGCCUCGGUGUGGACUUUACGACAAAAAGCAAAGCUCGUCGUCGUUUCUGGGACGCAACUCUACGACGCCGGAGGUUCCUCCGCGGCGGAUUACCCUGUCGUGGACGUGUUGCAAAUGACCGCCAAGUGUGGGCGUCCAGGCGUAGAUGAACACGGCACGUGCGUGCUAAUGUGUUCGCAGCCUAAGAAGGCGUACUACUCCAAGUUCCUUCACGAACCGUUCCCGGUGGAAUCGCACUUGGAUCACUUCUUACACGAUCACUUCAAUGCGGAAAUCGUCACGAGAACUAUCGAAACCAAACAAGACGCCGUGGAUUAUCUCACCUGGACGUACUAUUAUCGUCGAUUAACGAGGAAUCCAAACUAUUACAACUUGACUGGGACAUCUCACAGACACGUCUCGGACGCGUUGAGUGAACUCGUCGAGAGCACCUUAUCCGACUUGGAGGUGUCCAAAUGCGCGCAAAUCGAAGACGACGACGAGACUGGCGAGAAUGAAAUUUCACCUUUGAACCUCGGGAUGAUUGCGAGUUAUUAUUACGCGCAAUAUACCACGGUUGAGUUAUUCGCGGCAUCCUUAACUGCAAAAACAAAGCUGAAAGGUAUUUUGGAAAUCGUUUCAGGCGCGAGCGAGUUUGAUUCGGUGCCGAUUCGCCCGGGCGAGGCGGAAAUCAUACGUCGCGUCUUGAACCACUCGCCCAUCGCGAUGACGAAUAGGAAAACAAACGACCCGCACGUCAAGACUUGCGCGUUGCUCCAAGCUCAUUUAAGUCGCGUCGCGUUACCAGGUGACCUUGCGAGAGAUUUAGAGUCCAUCUUACCGACCGCUUUGCGUUUACUCUUGGCCAUGGUGGAUGUAAUUUCCAGCAACGGCUGGUUAUCGCCGGCGAUGUGCGCCAUGGAAUUGUCGCAAAUGUUAACGCAAGCCAUGUGGGAUAAAGACGCCGGCGUGUUACAAUUACCGCACGUGACGAAAUCCAUAGCGUUAAAAGCGAAGGAUAAGGACGUGGAAUCCGUGUACGAGUUGUUAGACGCGGAGGAUUCCGUGCGAGGGGACAUUUUGAGCGACUUGUCCAAGCGACAACUCUCGGACGUCGCGAAAGCCGCGAAUCGGUACCCGAACGUCGAUUGCGAACACAAAGUCACCAACGCCUCGCAAAUCUCCACGAGCUCAACCAUCGACGUCGAAGUCAACGUCUCUCGCGAGUGGGAGUUUGGCGAUUCCGUAUCGCUUCUACCUCCUGUCAAUUGCAGUCGAUACCCGAUACCGCGCGAAGAAAGUUGGUGGGUCGUCGUCGGCGACGAAAAAGACAACCGCUUAUGCGCGAUUAAAAGAGUCAAUCUGGUCAAAAGCUCCAAGGUAAAGUUAAGUUUCGCCUCGCCCUCCGAGGAAGGUAAACGUAAAUACGCGUUGUACUUCAUGUGCGAUUCGUACCUCGGCGCGGAUUUGGAGUUUGAGUUCGACGUCGCCGUCGCCAAAGGCGAAGAUGAAGAAGAAGAAGAUGAUUCAUCGGAAGAGGAAGACGAAGACGAAGACGAAAAAGACGACGCGGGGAAGGAGAAGGACGCGCCAGACGCAGUCAUGAAAGACUGA